AUGGCCACCAUCAGUCGAGUAAAAGACGAUGAGUCUUUUAAACCAUACAUGGGGGCAUCCGGUUCUUCUGCUAACGUUAUUAUUAUAUCCGAGGACAACAAGCAUUCUGCGGACAUCCAGGGCAUGAAAAACAAUGAUACCAGUGGCACAAUCUUGGAGGUUAUAGCUCGAGAUGACAGAAGCGAUAAGGAUGCCUGUAGGGUCACCUCAGAGGUUUUAUAUGUCAAACGUGAUACAUCAGGGCAAAUUGUGAAAGGAGAGCAAAGGAGCGCAACGGAAAAUCAAAGGGGAGAAAUCGUUGCCAGUGAUGAGAAAAAAGUCAGUGAUGAUGAAGAAUACACUGUGAAAAAUAUACUUGCAAAAAGUAGACACCGUGAUGGUUCCAUAUACCGGGGUAUGGAUACAUGGUGGAAAAGGGAUUAUCUUAUUGCGGACCAUAAUGAGAGUAAGUGA